ACACAGCUUAACACAGCACGGAGUUGAGAGUAAGAGUUGGAGUCAACUGCGCCUGCGUGCUUAAUUACGUCAUGCCCUGUGUUCCGCUUCUGUUCUUAUUGAUCACGUCGUACACGCAUGGUCAACCACGUGGCGCUGGCCCUCCACGACCACGGCCACCACCGACUCAAGGCCCAGGUCCAGUCAACUGCCCACAACACCCGGCCGCCACCCGGCACUUCUACGACUCCACCACCAACAAGUGCUACCACUUCUACGACGUAGACGACACCCUGGAGGAGGCUGUCAGUCGAUGUGAGGCGGAAGACACAAGAGUUGUCGAACUUGGGACAAAAGAAGAACAGAACUGGCUUGUUGGGGGAGUCUGUGGCAUUCGAGGGAUGGGCUGCCGUCCUCUCAUUCUAUGGCUGGGCCUGGUCCGAGAAUCCCCCGACACCUGGAACUGGUUCUACAAGAGCAACCGAUGGCUUGUGGUCUCGCCUCGAUGGAUACAUUCGCCUCUUGCCUCUUCUACCGGAUACACGCGAGCAGUCACGGACUGGGACGGAAAGUGGCGAGCCGUGACGAGUGGCCAAAAAGCCAAAGUUGUGUGUGAAGAAGUAACAGCAGGGGAUAUGCCGCCAACAUCACCUCCACCUCCCCCAACACCGCCUGCAACAUCGCCGCAAAAAAACAUGAAAACACCUAGCGCAUGCGCAAAAGUGGGGCGCGAAGCAGACGACAUCGCCAUCACGAACUUUGAGCAACUGUCCUCCAGCGUGCUGGUCGCUGAGCUGAACGUGACAAGAAGGAAAUCAAGGCUGGCGUGUGCUGUGGCCUGCUCCAGGAAACAACGUUGUGUGAUGUUCAAGAAGCAGCCGGGCAGUCGAGAGUCGUGUUACACGUACAGUCUGUCCAGCACCGGGUCUCCUGCGGACUGUGCGGGCAGCCCGCCACCAUGUUACUGGAAGUCCUGCUGGCGUCCGGAGCUGUGA